UGUUUCCAAGGCUCACACUAUUAGAUAUAGCCUAAGCAUUUUACACCUGACGGACGGCUACAGUUUGGCAAACAGUUAAGUCAGUAGGCUUAUUUGCAAAAGCCUCACUGAUCACCAGGUAUCCGAACCAGUGCGACUAGAGCGCUGCAGUGGCUCAAGCUGGAGGAAAGGUUUUCAUGGUGAAGCGUCAGUGACAAGGUGACUGCCCCGGACACAGAACCAUACAGUCUGAAGACCUAUUUAUUAAAACACAAGAGAAUGGAGGGUCAACGCGUGUCUCUACUCCGAAAGAUGAUGGCUGUUGUGGUUAUAAGCGUGAUAGCAGGUAUCAUUAUGCACGUGCGAGACCCAUUGGACUCUAUUUUAGGAGGUGGAUACCCAGAGUUGUGGAGGAAAGCGGGACUUGUAGGCGCCCCAGCUCGGGCCGUGGCAUGCAUCUUCGCCGGGGUUUUGCUUCUUGCAAUGGGCUGGCUGUAUAGACUUCUAUUUGCACCCCUGGAACUGCUCAGAACGCGCGAUGAGGUUGGAUACAUUGCCGAAGACGGUCGCUCCCGCGCCCAGGCGGCAAACGAAGUGCGUCGGAGACGGAAAACUGGCGAACUGCCACCGGUUUAUCCUAAUGGCUGGUAUCGAGUAUUGGAUUCUCACAUGCUGGAGCGCGGGGAUGUCAAAAACGUAACUGUUUUAGGUGAACAGGUGGCUGUGUUCCGGGGCACAGAGGGCAAAGCCUACGUGGUGGAUGCCUAUUGCCCCCACCUGGGUGCCAACCUGGCAGUGGGGGGCCGUGUGGUGGGACAGAGCAUAGAGUGCCCGUUCCAUGGCUGGCAGUUCCGGGGGGAAGACGGGAAGUGUGUAAGGAUCCCCUAUGCAGAGAAAGUGCCGGAGUUUGCUAAAGUGCGCUGCUGGCCCAGUAUGGAGACCAAUGGUCAGGUUCUUGUGUGGUUCCACUGUGAUGGAGAGGAACCUGGCUGGACGGUUCCAGAACAGGGAGAGAUAACACGGGGGGAGUGGGUCUACCGGGGACGCACUGAGCACUUCAUCAACGCACACAUAGAGGAGAUCCCUGAGAAUGCAGCAGAUAUCGCCCACCUGGCCCACCUGCACACUCCAGGCAUUGUGAGUGGGGUUGACUUGCGCUACACUAACAGCAAGACCUGGGAGUUUGUACGGCAUGACUGGAAGGUACAGUGGGAAGCUGAGUCUGAGCCCCAUAAGCACUGCUCCCGGAUGCUGGUGAAACAUGCCCUGACUGUAUUUGGUCGCCACUGGCCUCUUCUGGAUGUGGAUGUAUUGGCGCGACAGGUGGGGCCAGGGGUGGUAUUCCUGCUGUUUGACCACAGUUUCCUGGGUCGGGGGGUGAUCCUGCACUGUGUGACGCCUGUGGAACCUCUACUGCAGUGUGUCUCCCACAGCAUCUUCUACCAGAGCAACAUCCCACCACUGGUGCCCAAGUUCAUCCUGAGGGCAGAGUGCAUCCAGUUUGAGCGGGACGUAAUGAUCUGGAACAAUAAGAAGUACAUAUCUAAGCCCCUGCUGGUGAAGGAGGACUCUGCCAUCCAGAAACACAGGCGCUGGUUCAGCCAGUUCUACAGUGACAACAGCCCUCGCCUUCGUUAUCAGCACGACAGCUUGGACUUCUGACCUCUGAACACACUGGAGGAGGCAGAGGUGAGGUAAUGGCCAAAAAAGACAUUCAUUGACCAAGACGCAUUCAAUUAUGGAAGAGAAGAGGACCCCUCGGAUGCUGAGACAUUUAAUAACAGAAAAUAGUUUGUUUUUUUGUAGGCAUAAUGUCAAACCAGUCAGCUCAUUCAGUGAAUGCUUGAGCAGUGGGAUACAAACUAGCAGUAAUGACAGCAGGGUUGUUCCACAAAAUGAGUGCUUCUCUUUGAGAAGAUAUUAUACACCAACCUUUACAUUUUAGUGAUUUAGCAGACUCUUAUCCAGACAGACUUACAAGGUGUUCUUUAAUACGCAGUGGAUUGACAUUUUCUAUAUGAAUAAAAGUUUGCCAGUGCCAAAACUGAGCAAUGUCACUGCUAAGAAAAUGUUAAUAAGUUGGCCGAGUAAACCUUGUUACCAUGUUACACAGAUGGACAGGCUACCAAAUGUUUUAGCAAUUAAGCUAAAAUAUACACUUGCAUUAAUUUGUCUCUGUCACACACAAGCUUUCAUUCCCAGAGUUAAGAGGGGAUUUAUGGCUGAUUUAAGAUUAUAUCAUCCCCUCUGUCAUGGAGAUGUCUGUUAUGUUAUAAUGCCAUGUAAUUGGGUUUAGAUGGAAAAACAUGUUUAUGAAUUUGAAAUCUUAUUUUUACCAUGUUACCAAUUUCAAACUUCAACUUGACCCAGCAUAAUUUAUUAUUGUUUUAAUGAGUUGCAACCAAGUGUGCAAAAUGCGUUCUUAUUGUUCCAAAGCCCUGAAAUAUUGCUCCGCAUAGCCACUUAAUUGGACCUCCACAGCAGCACAAAAGGCUGGUGGAAGGAUUUUUCUUCUUCUUCCUUCCUUGUUAUAUUUCAAACAAAGCAUGCAGUGUCCUCACAUCUCCCAUCACAGUUGUUUAAAAAGAGACCAGACUAUCUUUGGCCAGUUCAGUGUACCAAACCAAGACUACCCGGGGGCAGCUAAAGGAAGUUCACUCUGGCCUCAUUUAAGUGCCUAGCAAUAGCAACUCUGUGAUCCUGUAGGAUUGAUUGGACCUGAAAACUGCUACCCUCUUGCUGAUCUUUCUUCUAAACUCUCCUGGUGUUUUCAAUCCAGUUUAUGCUCAUGUCAAUCUUACAGGAUUCAGCCUGCAUUACUGUGAAGACCCAUCAACACCAAGCAAUAUGAAUACGGUAGAUAUGCCAGAAUUGCCUAGCCAAUAUUGUAGCUGUAAGUCCAAGUCUUCCCAGCAAAGAAGUAUUAUAUAUUUUUUUCAUUUUUAUUAUUUUAUUAGAUAUUCUUUUGGAGAAAGAUCUAGAACGUAUGUAUUAGGUCGCUGAAAAUGCACAGAACUGUUACAAUUGUGAUGAUACAGUGUUUCUAUAAAACAUUUGCCUGAUGUUGCAACAAUAUUCCCAGAACUAUUCUUCCACAUUUAUUACAUUUUAAGAUGUUUAAAAAAGAAUUCAUUUGUUUUAUCACUUGGAAAGCUAAUGAGAACAUUUGAGGAAUGUUCUGUUGUGGUUGUUAAAGACGUUGUACCUAAAUGUCAAGAGAACAUUCCAAUGAUAUUACUUUUAAAUUCUUUUUUGGAAUGUUAUAGAAAAACCCUUGCCUCUGUCCAGGACGUGUUUGUAGUUUUCUAGGUAUACUGUGUGAAUUAACAAAAAUAUAAAAUAAUUUGUUGUCUGUUCAUUGUCUAUGGUUCCAGCAGAAUUCAGUUGGAUCU